AUGGUGAAGGAAGCAAUAAUUGAAGAUUGGGAAGUAGAGAAGAUCAUUGCAAAGAGAGGACGUGGAAAAAGUAUCCGAUAUCAAGUCAAAUGGAAAGGAUUUGGUUACGAAGAAAAUACAUGGGAGCCGGUAUCUCACUUAGAAUCUUGCAAAGAAAUGAUUGAAAACUUUGAAAAUGGACUUAUAAGAGGAAACACAAUAAAGAAAAAAAACCAUAACUCUACUGAUAAAGCCAAAAAAAUAGAAAAGCCUGAGCCUGCAAAACAAAAACCUGCAGAUUUGAUGAAAAAUCUUGAAAACUAUAUAUCAGAAAGUGAUAUCGAUCAUAUUUCAGAUGUUUUUAUUGGGGCAGAUAAUGAAAUUUAUGGAGAAGUGAUAUACAAAAAUAAAGAAAAGAAACCUGGACAUUUUAAUAUUUUGGAACUCAAUAAAAAGUAUCCAAAUUUAAUGUGUGAUUAUUAUUACAAGCAUAUCUCUUUUAGCUACAAACCAAGGAUUGAAUUUGAGAUGAAAAUGCAUAAAUAA